AUGAACAGUUUCAUUGUUCUUAACAUUACUCAAUCAUACAUUGAAAUAGGUAAAGGAGGAUAUUACGAACCUGAGUACAAAUAUGAAAUCCCGAAUCCUCCGCUGAGAGAUUAUUCCGAGUUAGAGAUGAGCAGAUUCUUCAAGAAAUGUUUCCGAGAGGGAUUACAGAUGGCAACUAAAGAUAUUGACAUUAUUCUUUGUGAAGAGAUACUAUGCUCUUUGCUCGAAAAACAAAAGUACUGUGUUAUUUUACUCAGGAUGCUACAAUGCUCAUCAGUGACUUUUAUUCCCUCUCCAAUUAUGCAUUGUCUUUCCAGCGGAACUAGAACUGGCUUAGUGAUUAAUAUUGAUUAUUGUAUGGCAACAUGCACCCCUAUUUAUGAUUUACGUAUAAUGGAUCAUUUUCUAAAAUCAACAUCAAGAGCUAAGAAAUGGUUAUUAUCGAGAGGAAGUUCAGAAGCAAGCGAGGACGGACUGCAUAGUAUAUUUAUUUCAGAUGAUAUGGAAGUACCAAUUGUUGAUGCUGAUGAAAAAUCGAUAAAUUCUCUAAUCAAGGAAGUUCUGAGAAUAGUUCCAAUAGACACUCGAUCAUCUAUACAAUCUAACUUAAUAAUCUCUGGUAUCUCCAUCUCACCAACACUGAUAGCGGCAAUAGAGAAGGAUACUGAAGCUCAAAUAAUCAAAUGUUUGGGAUCCUGGCAAGGCGCAUCCCUCUAUUCCUCCAUAUUAUAUAGGAGCGAUAUCAAAGACAAUAUGCUUCGAAUAACACGUGAAUCAUUUUUGGAAAGGGAUCAAAAGAUACCGGACUGGUACAAUAAUAGAUUCGAGGCUUCGGUAUAA